AUGCUAGAUGCAGCCACCAGGUGGACCCAGCAGCACAGUGUGGACUGGAAACAGCCGCCGUCACCAAAGUGUGAGGAGCUCGCCUGCUGCGUCAGGAAACCCGAUGUGAUGAGCGUCUGCUGUAAAGGAGAUUUAAACACAUCACCUUGGACUUUAAGAAGCGGGGAUGUUCACGCAGCGUGUAAAGGAAGUGGAAAAUUGAGCCGUAGAUGUAUCGGCAUCAGAGAGCUCAGAAUGAAGAAGUCGGUCCGGCCAGCGGUGAGCAAGGUGAGCGGAGAUCGAGGGAAGGCAGAUGCCUCGGCUAACGCUGGCACCGGAAAGCCUGCGACCAAGAGCAGCUCUGCACCUCUGUCUAAGGUAAAAAGCAACGAUGAUCUUUUAGCAGCUAUGACCGGAGGGACUCCUGCGUCGAGUAACGCCGUCAACAAGACCAAGAGAACCGCCUCCGUUGGGACAAAUGCAAGCAACAUCGACAGCAGGCCAAAGACGACAUCAGGUACUUCAUCUAAGCGUACAACCUCUUCGAUUUCCAAGGAGCCGAAUUCAUCACGUGACCGUCUCCGGACCUCCAGGACCGCAGCCAAUAAGAAGCAGCUGGUAUCGGGGACAGCCGCGGGGGAUGCGGCCUCGGGGAAACGCUCUCGCAGCCAGAUCCUGGCAGAGUCUGACGGCCGUAUGAGCAAGUCUAAAUCAGACGGCCAGAUCAGCGAUAAGGUGGCUCUGGAGACCAAAGUGAAGGACCUGUUGGGUUUGGCUAAAAGCAAAGACGUGGAGAUCCACCACCUCCGCAGUGAGCUGAGGGGCAUGAGGGCCCAGCUCGGCUUGGGAGGGAAGGAAGCGCCGCAGCAGGAAGAAGCUGGGGAGGAGGAGGAGGAAGAGGAGGAGGAGGAAGAGGAGGAGAAGCUGCCGCCGCCGCAGGUGUCGGCCAUCACAGCAGCCGAUGUGGAGUCCACUCUGAUUCUCUUACAGGAGCAGAACCAGGCCAUCAGAGAGGAGCUCAACCUGCUGAAGAGUGAGAACCGAAUGCUGAAGGACCGGCUCAACGCGCUGGGCUUCUCUCUGGAGCAGAGGCUGGAUGCCUCCGACAAGCUGUUCAACUACGCCUCCCUGAGCCCGGACCUGGCGGCGAGCAGCGGGCAGAGCGACGGUGGAGGAACGGGAACGCUGACCUCCUCCGUCGAGGGCUCGGCCCCCGGCUCCCUGGAGGAUCUGCUCACAGGACACCAGCAUGGAGGCUCUGCAGACAACCUCGACAGUGAAUCCAGCGAGGUCUACCAGGCCGUCACCUCCAGCGAUGACGCUCUGGACGCCCCCUCUGGAGCUUCCUCCUCAUCUGAGUCGGAGUGCGCGCCCAGCAGGGAGCGCUCGCGGCGAGGCAGCAGUGACAAUGCCAGCGAGGUGUCGGUGGCCUGUCUGACGGAGCGCAUCCACCAGAUGGAGGAGAACCAGCACAGCACUGCGGAGGAGCUGCAGGCCACAUUACAGGAGCUGGCCGACCUGCAGCAGAUCACGCAGGAGCUGAACGGAGAGAACGAGCGGCUCGGGGAAGAGAAGGUGAUCCUCAUGGACUCGCUGUGCCAGCAGAGCGACAAGCUGGAGCUGUACGGUCGACAGAUCGAGUACCUGCGCUCUCUGCUGGAGGAGCAUCACAUAUCGUACGGCCUGGAGGAGGACAUCAAGAGCGGCCGCUACCUGGAGCUGGAGCAGCGCUACGGAGACCUGGCAGACAACGCCCGCUUUGAGAGGGAACAGCUGCUGGGGGUCCAACAACAUCUGUCCAACACGCUGAAGAUGGCUGAACAGGACAACGCCGAGGCCCAGGAGAUGAUCGGAGCGCUGAAAGAGAGGAACCACCAGAUGGAGCGCAUCAUGGAGUCCGAGAGACAGGGCCGAGCCGCCAUGGGGGCCGCGCUCGAGGAGUACAAGGCGGCGGUGAGCAGCGACCAGGCGGAGCUGAGCCGCUGCAGAGCCCAGCUGGACCAGGAGAGGCAGCGCGUCGCCGAGCUGUACUCGCUCCACACCGCGGGGGACAAAAACGACAUCUGCCAACUGCUGGAAGGAGUGCGUCAGGGGAAAGAAGAGGCGGAGGCCAAGGCGGCCAAGUUGCAGGAAGAGUUGGAAAAAGCCCACAGCGAACUCACUCGGCUGCAGGAGACUUUCAGUAAGCUGGACGGGGAAUACAGAGACUUUCGGGAGCGUGUGCAGCGGCAGAUGGCCGAGCAGGAGCGCGUUCUGGAGAAGCAGCGCGGCGACCUGCAGGAGAAGGAGACGGAGAUCGCAGACAUGAAGGAAACCAUCUUUGAGCUGGAGGACGAGGUGGAGCAGCACCGAGCUCUGAAGCUCCACGACAACCUCAUCAUCACAGACCUGGAGAACUCUGUGAAGAAGCUGCAGGACCAGAAGCACGACAUGGAGAGAGAGAUCAAGAUCCUUCACCGCAGACUGAGGGAGGAGUCGAUGGAGUGGCGUCAGUUCCAGGCCGACCUGCAGACGGCUGUUGUCAUUGCAAAUGACAUCAAGUCUGAAGCGCAGGAGGAGAUCGGGGACCUGCGGCGCCGGCUGCAGGAAAACCAGGAGAAGAACGAGAAGCUGUGCAAAGAGCUGGACGAGGUCAAGACUCGCAAGCAGGACGAGGAGCGAGGCCGAGUGUACAACUACAUGAACGCAGUGGAGAGAGACCUGGCUGCUCUCAGACAGGGCAUGGGUCUCAGCCGGAGAUCCUCCACCUCCUCUGAGCCCUCGCCCACCGUCAAGACACUCAUCAAGAGCUUCGACAGCGCCUCUCAAGAAACAGAAUUCGGUUUAUUGCCAAGUCCCCCCACCAACGGCAGCGUCCCUGUGACUCCCACAGCCGCCGCUGCUCCGCUCCCACGCACCCCCCUCAGCCCCAGCCCCAUGAAGACGCCCCCUGCAGCCGCUGUGUCACCCAUACAGAGACACUCCGUCCCUGGAUCCAUGUCAGCAGCCAAGCCGCUCUCGUCCCUGAGUGACAAGAGGCCCAGCUACACAGACAUCAGUCUGCCAGCGGAGCACCUUCUCAGGGGAACCUCGGCAAGCCGACCUCCGUCCGCCAUCCAGAGGGUCUCCAACAUGGACUCCACCAAGGCCAUCUCAGUGUCCCGCCGGAGCAGUGAGGAGAUGAAGAGGGACAUGUCUGCUCCAGACGCCUCCUCAUCCUCCCUGAUGGCUCUGAGUGCUGCCUCCUCCCCGCUCUCCCUGUCCUCCUCCUCCCCCACCGCCUCCAUCACCCCCACAGCACGCAGCCGUCUAAGAGAAGAGAGAAAGGACCCGCUGUCGGCGCUGGCCAGAGAGUACGGAGGCUCCAAGAGAAAUGCUUUGCUAAAGUGGUGCCAGAAGAAGACCGAGGGUUAUCAGAACAUUGACAUCACAAACUUCAGCAGCAGAAAUGUCCGACAAAGAUGA